UUAGGUUGGAACGCGCUCCCAACAUCAUCCUAUUGUAAUCGCACGCAAAUAUUUGCGAGUAAAUAUUGUAAAAUUUGCGGUUAAUUGUUUUGAUCAAGAGGCGGCAUGAAUUCCAGUGAUUGCACCUGAACGCGAAACCGACUCUUCUGACGGCUUUUGAUGGGAUAAAUCAACUUUUACACGAAUUUUCGGUCAACAAUGGACGUUACAAAUGGGACUAAUUGUGGUGGAAAAUACACCAGACCUGGUUAUUGUCCGGAAAUCUUCGACGAGGAGUUAUGUUGGCCGGAGACUCUAGGGGGCACCACUGUGAACCAAUCCUGUCCGAAAAAAAUGGGCUACGAUUCCCGCCGUUUGGCAUAUAAAGACUGUCUCGAGAACGGCUCUUGGUUCAAACACCCCAUCUCCGGCAAAAUCUGGACCAACUACACCACCUGCGUAGACCACGAGGACUUAGCCUUCCGAACUCACAUAAAUCACCUAUUCGUCAUCGGCUAUUCGAUUUCAUUAGCGGCGCUCGUCAUCUCGCUCGCCAUUUUUCUCACUUUCCGGACACUGAAAUGCACACGGAUCCGCAUCCACAUCCAGCUAUUUAUCUCGUUCGCACUCAACAACCUCAUGUGGAUCAUAUGGUACAAAGAAGUCGUCCCUAAUCCUUUCGUCACCAUACGCAAUGAGCUCUGGUGUCAGGCUCUCCAUGUCGUUGUACAUUACUUAAUGUUGGCGAAUUACAUGUGGAUGUUCUGCGAGGGUCUGCAUCUGCAUCUUGCUCUAGUUGUUGUCUUUGUGAGAGAUGAGGAAACAAUGAAGUGGUUUUUCGCGCUGGGGUGGGGCGCGCCUUCCAUCAUCGUCGUCAUUUACAGCGUUGUGAGGAUAUUCAUCCUACAGGAUAACUACAUGUGCUGGAUGGUUGAUAGUUACUACAGCUCGUGGAUUCUCACCGCCCCUGUCUGUAUCUCCCUUCUCGUGUCUCUCAUAUUUCUGAUCAACGUUUUGCGAGUUAUUUUGACUAUAAUGCACCCGAAUUCGGCCAAUCCGGCUCCCAUGGGAUUACGACGAGCCGCCCGUGCUGCACUUAUUCUCAUCCCGCUUUUCGGGCUGCAGCACAUUUUGAUACCGUUUAGACCGGAUAUGUACGACCCCUACGAGCAUCUGUAUCAAUACAUCACCGUCGUCGUUGUCACAUUACAAGGUUUAUGCGUAUCGUGUCUGUUCUGCUUCGCCAACCAAGAUGUCCAUCAAGCCAUUCGGGGUUUUAUGCAUCGUAAGGUUUACCGGACUACUCGCUGGAGCAACUACCAUUACACCGGAGCCGUGGAUAGUGCAGGGGUUUAUGUGGUUAAUGGUAGCAGCCACUGCAACAAUGUGGGGCUAUUAUCGUUGAAAAGGAAAUCGACGACAACUGUCAAACUGUAAAAAUGGGAGAGAUUAAAGACCGAUUUCUCCGAUGCUCAUAGAUUGAGAGGGCGGUUUUUUACGUAUAUUUCAAUGUGUUGCAUUGUUGUAUUGGUUUAUUGGGGCCGAUUGACAUAAAACUUUGUUUGCGUACGCCCACAAAUGCGGACGUUGCUGAAAUUUUUAUGUAUUUGAAUGAAAAAAGCGUUUUAACGUCUAGCACUUUAGGGUUAUGUGGCGGUGUGUUCACCCCAAGGAUAUCAGAUUUUUUACUUAUCUGUUUUCUACUGUUCAGUAUUACUUGUACAUAAUUUAGUAACUGUGUGUAACAUUUAGCCACUUAAAAAUAAACAUUUGUGUAGUAAUAAUAUUUGAAAGGGAGCAUAUGAUACGCUUACACCCUGAGUCAUGUUUGAUGUCACCAUUCAUGUACGAUCUAAAUGUAUGAAUA